AACUCGACAACUUAAAAUCCUCUACUUGUGCCCAACCCAAGUCAGUCGCAGUCGGGAAUCCGCAACGUGUCAGUUCACUGUUUAGACAUCUUCCUUAAUUCUACCAGCAAAUAUGUGUGACGACGAAGUAGCAGCUCUUGUUGUGGACAAUGGCUCCGGAAUGUGCAAGGCGGGUUUCGCCGGUGACGACGCCCCUCGUGCCGUCUUCCCCUCCAUCGUUGGGAGGCCGCGUCACCAGGGUGUCAUGGUUGGCAUGGGACAAAAGGACAGCUAUGUGGGUGAUGAAGCUCAGAGCAAAAGAGGAAUUCUGACGCUAAAGUACCCCAUUGAACACGGAAUUGUCACCAACUGGGACGAUAUGGAGAAGAUCUGGCACCACACCUUCUACAAUGAACUGCGUGUUGCCCCAGAGGAGCACCCAGUCCUGUUGACUGAGGCCCCACUGAACCCCAAGGCUAACAGGGAAAAGAUGACACAGAUCAUGUUUGAGACAUUCAACACCCCAGCCAUGUACGUCGCCAUCCAGGCUGUCCUGUCUCUGUACGCUUCCGGCCGUACCACUGGUAUCGUGCUGGACUCUGGUGAUGGUGUCAGCCACACCGUCCCCAUCUACGAGGGUUACGCUCUGCCCCAUGCCAUCAUCCGUCUGGACUUGGCUGGCCGCGAUCUGACUGACUACUUGAUGAAGAUCCUCACCGAGCGUGGCUACAGUUUCACGACCACCGCCGAGAGAGAAAUCGUGCGUGACAUCAAGGAGAAGCUGUGCUACGUCGCCCUGGACUUCGAGCAGGAGAUGGCCACGGCUGCUGCCUCCUCCUCCCUGGAGAAGAGCUACGAGCUUCCCGACGGACAGGUCAUCACCAUCGGCAACGAGAGGUUCCGUUGCCCAGAGGCCCUCUUCCAGCCAUCCUUCUUGGGAAUGGAAUCCACUGGUAUCCAUGAGGCUGCCUAUAACUCCAUCAUGAAGUGCGACAUUGAUAUCCGUAAGGAUCUGUACGCCAACACUGUCCUGUCUGGUGGCACCACCAUGUACCCAGGUAUUGCUGACAGAAUGCAGAAGGAGAUCACAGCCCUUGCCCCAAGCACGAUGAAGAUCAAGAUCAUUGCCCCACCAGAGAGGAAGUACUCCGUAUGGAUCGGUGGCUCCAUCCUGGCUUCCCUGUCCACCUUCCAGCAGAUGUGGAUCAGCAAGCAGGAGUACGACGAGUCCGGCCCAGCGAUUGUGCACCGCAAGUGCUUCUAAGCGCUGUCGCCAUCGUCAUGAUCUUCAUCACCUCAUCAUUCUGCUUCUCGCAUGUAUAUCCAGUCGCAUAUCAAGCCGUACUGUGCGUCAGCCAAAAAAACGACGCGUUCUGACGGCGCUUGACAGCUUUUAAAAUGAUCUUGUCGCAAACGUGUAGAGCUGUGUGAAUUGCGCGUGAUUGCUGGCAGCUUGAUCAUGCCGCAUUUCUCCUGUAUAUAGCCUGUUAACGAAGUAUUAUACGCUCGUAGCAUACCUGCAUUUUGCUUUCGUUCAUGGAUCCAAAUGUAAUUUGUUAUGUAACUAAUAUGUUCUCGUAAACUUCAAAAUACGCCUCUUCAAGCAACGCAUUCAUAAAUAUUUUUGUAAUUCAGGUGAAAACUUUUUUUAAACUAUAAAAUGCAAAAAAAAAUAUUAUAUAAAUAUAAAUAAAUAUAUUCUACA